UAUUGAAUUCAAAUAUUGAAGAUUUUGUAAAAAAAACUGAAUUUAAUAAGUUUACCAUUCCCAAAGGAAAACAUUGAAAUCGCGUUCUAAAUUCGUAAAAUAUAAAUAAUAUAAUAAAACAUUUUCUUAGUUGUCUUUUAAAAUCAAACAGAUUAAUACCAUAAAACCUAAUGGAACCAUUGGACAAUAAUAUAAAUAAUCUCACGCAAGAUGGUAAUAUCAGACAUGUUGAAAUUAAUUUAGACGCUCUAGCAUUAUGUUUGAAUCAUGCAUUUUCAUCGGAAAGUGAGGAAGUUUUAGGAUUGUUGAUCGGACAGAUAGAUGAAAGUCAGAGAAAAGCAAUUAUCAAAUCAACCCUGCCAUUAACUAGAAGCAAUACAAACUCAGAAUGUGUGGAGUUUUUAUCCGACCACUUCAUCGUAGGAGGUAUCCACACAGCAAAACUGAGCAAAAAAUCGGGAGAGUCCAUGUUAGUCAUAGGAUGGUAUCACUCCCAUCCUCGUAAGGCCGUUUGGCCUACAACAGCUGAUGUUGAAAGACAAGCUCAAUACCAAUGCGUUGAACCGUCUUUUUUUGGUUUAAUCUUUUCAGUCUAUAAUGGUUCAUGUACAAUUGAUACUAUGAAUAUUUGUUGCUUUCAAACUUUUAAACAAAACCCAGAUACUGUUAAGAGGAGAUGUAUAGACGUAACAAUUCAACCAACAAAAUUCAAUUUCUAUAAUUUGGAAGGAUAUAUUUAUCUACCUCAAUUGUUAUGGGAAGAGAGACUUAAGGCUUAUAUAGAGCCAUCCAAUGAAGAACUAGAUACUUUUGAAAUAUUAGAAAAGGAUUCUUCAACAACUGUGGAACUUAUUAAUAUUAUGAAUGCUAUAACAAGACCUCUUUUAUGGUCUUUGGAGGAGAGACUCAAAAUCACUAAAAUGAGGGUUAGACAAUUAAGAGGUCUCAGAAAUUUUUUGGAACAAAUUUAGAUUAGAUAAUAAAUGAAAAGUAUUAUAUAUUGUACUAUUAGGUUUUUUUUCAUUGAAAUAUUAGCUGCAUUUGUGUAUGAUUUGAGUUUUUAAAUAAUUUUAUUGUUAUUCAAUAUUAGAAAAGUAUUAUAUUUGAAACCAGAUAAUCUCAUAUUGUUGUAUUCAAUUUUAUGGGAUUUAUCGUGUAAGUUACUUUUUAUUCUGCUUCUGUACCACAUUUUUUCAAUAACACCAUUUACAAGGAAAA